CCAAAACACCAUAAAACUCGCCGGUACCCCGCAACCGUGCUUCACAGCAUCCAUUCAUUCAUCCAGCCUCUCGACGUUGAACGUCUUUCUUACAACAUCACACUCUCUCUUAUAUAUUCCAAAGGCAACCAUAACCAUGCAUCACUCGACAUUCCUUACGCUGGCCGUUGGCUUUGUCAGUCUUUUUGGCACUGGAGAGGCCAUGCCGAGGGCUCAUUUCAGGCGUCAGGUGUACACCAAUAGCACCGUGUCGGCCUCAUCCAAUGCUGCGACUGUUGCGGCAGCUUCCAUGACGUCCUUCGCGUCUUCGACGUUGACCUCGACCGCUGCGCAGGUUACUACUACCUGCAUCGACGACGUUUGCAUGCUUACUGGUGACGGCUUCACCGCUAUCACUCUCGUGUCCGGCUCCAAUGGCGCUCUUGCCGCCUCUACUCUUGCUCAAGCGACCGAGCUCUCUUCGGCGUUUACGACGGCAGUUGUUGACGCGACUUCGUCUGCUUCGGUCAUCACUUCCUCGGCUGCUGCUUAUUCCAACGCGACGGCCGCAUCUGCUGAGAUUAUGAGCUCCAUCAAGGUCACCAAGACUCUUGUGAAGACCGUCACUUUCACCAUCUCUGGGAAACCGACCGAGACUGUCUUCACUCAGUACAUGACUGCACCCCUCGCCAGAGAGUCCGCUGCUGCCGCUUCUACCGCUGGGUCCAACACCGCCGUCCUCGCUGCCGCAGCCGCCGCCUCCGCCGAUGCCAGUUCUACCAUGGAGACAUUGACCUCCACUGUUUACGGCGGUCACACGACCAAGGUGAUGACCCGCACGAUCACCCUCACGGACUUUACCGAGGCAGCUAGCAUUGCGACUGCUGAGGCUGCGGUCGCAGCUGCUUCGACUGGAGUUGCUGACGGAGUUACUACCGUCUAUGUUCCAACCGUUUCAUACAUCACUAUCAUCGAGACCGCUGUCUGUAGUGACUCUCAGGCGACCGCUACUAUUACGGUCACGGCUGGCUCUGGUUCGACGGCGACUGCUGCUGAGGAAUCUGUUCAGGCAACCGGUGUGGCUGCUGCUUUGGCUGUGAGCGGAACCGAGUCAUCGGACUCUGAGGCAACUACUGCAUCUGGUUCCGUUGAGUCUACCACCGCGAACGGCGAGGUGAGUGUGACUGAGACUGGCGUUGUGAGCUCCGGCAGCACGUCAACUUCCAGCUCCGCUACCGCUUCUGAGAGCGGCUCUGAGCUGUCAUCGGAUGACUCCACACUUGACGACUCUGAGGUUGAGUAUGACUGCGACGAAGAAGAAGAGGUUAUCAGCACGUCCUCCGCUGCCGCUGCCGUUGCCGUUGCCUCUGUCACGGGCGUCAUCUCGAAUUCCACUACUAGCGGGAACGCAACGGCCGCCGUCUAUAGGAGGUGGACGAGGCUGUAA